UUUUUAAACUUGAACAGUAAUGCAAAACCGUCGACUUGAAUCUUAGACCUCACUUUGCUCGGUCAAUGACUUAAAAAUGCUUCUAAAUAGCAGAACAUGUUGUUUUCCAAUGAAAAUAGUUGAAAAGAUAAUGUGAUUUUUAUUUAAUACAAGUACAAUCUGUAUAGAUAUGUAGCCCAUGUUAUGUGGUACAGUUCAUGCAUCUACUAUUUAAUUUUAUUCAAGUGAAUAAUCUUGUCUUUGAUAAACUCUGUACUUCAUCCAAUACUGAGCGGCUCUAUCAUAAUAUCUAAUCUACCAAAAACGCAAUAGAAUCCAAGUUUCUCUAGAAUCGUCUUUAAUUUUUCUCAUUUUUUUGUCUUUAAUGCAUUUAUUUAUUCAUUUAUUAGGUUAUCAUAAACAAUACAAUUAUCGGAGAAGAAAGAACAGGCUAUUGCCCAAAACGUCUUCAAUUUCCUAAUUCAGUUUCAAAUUACAGCAUUCAUGCGAUUUAACAAGUAUAUUAAUAUCCCCUCUUUGAACUGCGCGAUAUGAUGUGCAGGCUUGUGUGAAGUUUUUUGUACUCUGCAUUUUGAAAACACGUAAGGAUGAACUAUGGACGAAAUCCAUGAUCAUAUUCCAGUAACAUAAAAAUAUAGCCUGAUUGAAUAGGUAGCAUAAAUAUGAUUAAUUUUGUGAUUCCCAUUUUGACUAAGUAGUCUAAUUUCUAGAUUUUUCAGUAGAUAGUUUCUACUAUUCUCAGUAGAUUUUUAGUUCUGCUGAUGAAACAGUCAGUGCCAUUUCGAUUUUAUAUAAAGAUUCUACUCAAAUGAAGGAAUCGUGUUGUAUUGAAAAAUAGUAACAGAACUAAAAAUCUACCUGAGAACCAAAAACAUUAAAAUUUGUGAGACUAGAAACGUACUUUCGAAAUAUUCCAAAUACACAUUUUAUGCAUUCAUUUCUCAUCUAAGGUCAAUCAAUACUAAGCUCAAACGUAUACUUCGAAUUCUUCAAAUACAAAUAUGCAAAACUCAUCUACCUCAAGUAAAUGUCAACUUUUCCAAUGAAUAAAAAUCAAUUCCCUAUUUUUGGUAGACCAUUUUUUGAACCAGCAAUCUAUGAGGUACGGUAUUACAGAACAGCUUUCUGCUCAAGGAGAAGAUAGUAUUUCAUUUUCUAGUAGGGCAUUUGGCAUUUUCAAUUCUUCCAACAAAGAGAAGUUAGUCUGGGUUGAUGACUUUAGAAAAACUCUGAGAACCCAAAGUCCAACUCACUUCACACACACACAUCUUCUCUCUCACACACACGUAAGCUACUCCCUCACACAGUCUCUCUUUCUCACACACAUACUAAGGGUUAAACACACACUCUCUCUCUCUCACACACACACCCCUAAACUUUCUAUUCAAUACUAUAACGGUAUAUACAUGGCAUUAUAUCCAACCACCACUUCCACAACUAUCAGGUUGAAGUAGGGAGGGGGUGGAUAUUUCUUUUCGAAUAAGGCAACCACUUCUGCUCAGCAUUCGUCUCUGGCUGGUCUUUCGUUCGAGUUCAAGACAUUCCUUCAAGAAGUGGUUUGUUAGCGUUUGCUGUUUUUCCUGUUGCAGUGUUUGUUCCUGUUAGCGUGUGUUUCGACGUCUGAUCAGGAGAAAUGAAAAAAAUGAAUAACAACUUGUUCUACUUGAGGGAAACGCAAAACGAGCUUGUCAAAUCUGUUGAAGUUUUAAGAACUGCGCAGGAAAGCCGUGCAAAUGUGGAUAUGCCAAGCCUGCAAUACCCCCCAGAGGGAAUAAUUGAGGAUUUUCCUGCCUCAACUAUGGAGAGUUUGCAGAAAAUUGAACGAAAACUCAUGGAAAGGAGUUUCCUAAUCAGAUGUGAGACAUAUGUUGCGUCAUGCGCCGACAAAACCUCAGAAGGGCGCACAAUUACUAGCAUAAUGGGGAAGCUGGUGACGCUCGACGUAGCCGUUAACUUCUCUUGGAAGGGAGUGCAACGGAAAGAUCACAAAAUAGAGAAGAAACCAUUUAAGGAUCUUCUGAUAGCCAAAGUUAUGAUUGCUGCUACAAAACGGUGCUGGCCAAAAUCAGAGUUGAAGCAAGUCCAAUUGAAAGCGGCUACAUGGCUUGCACAAGCCCAAUCAAAGUUGGACAAAAUGUAAGCAUUCAUCUCACAAUCAAUUUCUCUAGAAAAUCUGUAUUGGAAAAAUGUAUUACACGACCAUCUUCCCAUUCGAAAAAUUUGAGCUAGGAUUCAAUAUGACUGAUCCAAGAUGGCGGACCAAAUUUUUAAUGUCAUGAUUCAGUGGAAAAUUUUAGCACAAUCCCCCACGUCACCUACCAUCAAAUUACCUCUAUGAAAAGUAUCAAGCCGUUUCCAAACCUUUUACUCACUCUGUAUUGAGCUGUUUCCUG